CGCAUGCCCUGAAUGUGGACUCGUCGACAAAUACGGCAUGAACAAUAUCUAUUCCCAGGGUGGAUCGACCGUCUCUUUUGAAUGCCCACGGCAUGGACGAUUCAAUUACAACGUGGAUUCCGACUCCCACAGAUUCCAGUUUAAUUGCCAGCUUUUCAAUCUAGUAAUUGGUCGUUAUUACGAGCGCGCGUCAUACAACUACAUCGAGGUCUGUGGUAGCGACUACGCUGGCUUCUGGCAAGAGCAGCUGUUAUGGCGCUUUCUGGUCAAGCCCAUCUUGAUUGUCUAUACCCCUCUCAUUUCAGAUUGGUCAGGUUCGAAGGUAUCAAAAUCCCUAUAUCUACAGCAGACAGCAUACGACUACCUGAAAAAGGCGGGACAGGAGUACCUGCUCAGCUAUCAGGUCUUUAGACAGGAGAAAAGAGAUUUUACCGUUCUUCUGCGGGAGAUUGAGUGCUGGGUCGAUGAACCAUAUAGGCUCUUCCGGGGCUAGAGCCUACAUUAUCUUCACCUCCUCUUUGAGAAGAGGGAGUUAUCGCUAGGAAUCAUCCACAAACCGACUUCUGAGCCAGAAACAGAGUAAUGAGAUGAUGCUCUUGUACUGAGAUGGUACACAGAUUGUAUUAUGGAGUGCAUCUGAUGUGGCCAAAGGCAAAUUGACGAUUUAUCUCUUUACUAGUUUUGGACUAGAAGAUCUAUUAGAUACUCUACACAAUCUAUUCCCCCAAUGA